UUUCAAUUCUUUGCUGUAUAUAUAAGUAAUCCUUUCUCUUCCACCAUUUUCUUUUCCUUUUUCACUUUCUUCUUCGCCAUUGAUUCCUAUCUAAUUCUUUCUCUCUCCUCUAACAGCCCCGUUUGCAACGGACACACACUCUGUCACCCAUUUCUCUUAAAUACCCAACUUCCCACAUUUUUCCCUUUUAUGCCUUUUUUCCAUCUUCCUCUCCAUUCCAAUUGACCGGAAGCACAGAUUCUCAGGAUUGAUUCAUGAGGGUAAAACGGAUUCUACAGGCAAUAUGAAGGUGAAGGAAAUGCACCCUCUGUGUUGUAUCUCCGUGGAUACUUUUGGAAUCGGACCAUGUGGUGGUGAUGGAGAUAAUAGUAAGUCCAAGGAUGAGGCUGCUGCGGCUUUGGCUCUCUCUAGAACCAAAAGCAUGCCCGCUAGUUUAGCGGCGUUUUCUGAUGGAUCUGAUGGGAAUGUCAUCAAACGACCAACCGGAUCCAAAUCAGCUGUCGCUGGAGUUCUUCAUAAGUGGACUAAUUACGGUAAAGGGUGGCGAUCGAGAUGGUUUUUCCUUCGUAAUGGGGUGUUAUCUUAUGCAAAGAUUCGCCGACCCGAGAAUCUAAACCUUCUUGCUCCAUAUGAUGAUGUUCGAUUGAUCGGAGAGGUUUCGAGCAAUCGGAUUCCCAGGGGUGAUGAGAAAGGUGGAGGGAGACGAAAGCAUCAGAAAGCGGUGGGAGUGGUUCAUUUGAAGAUCGGAUCAUUUCGAGAGAGCAAGUCGGAUGAUAGGAGGUUUUAUAUAUCCACUGCUACAAAGACUCUUCAUUUGAGAACUAAUUCAAAAAGUGAUCGAGGGGCUUGGAUUCAAGCAUUGGCUUCCAAUCGCAGCAUAUCUCCUCAAACAUCAUUGAAUUAUAAUCUCUCUCCCGUGCCAAGUGAUUUAUCUGUGUCGACGGAUAGACUGAAGAAGCGUUUAAUUGAAGAGGGAAUCAGUGAAACUCUUGUAAAUGAUUGCGAACAGAUAAUGCUCUCUGAAUUCUCCGAAAUUCAAGGGCAGCUUCAAGUUCUAUGUGAAGAACGAUAUAACCUGCUCGACACAAUUAGGCAGUUGGAGGCUGCUAGUUUUGAAGCUGAAGCUUCUGGAACAAAUGAUGGCGAAUUCCAACUUGCAAAACAUGAUCUUUCCUCUGAAGAACAUGGAAAAUAUAGUGAAUGCAGCACCACAGAAUCGGAUGAUAUCGAGAAACAGGAGUUUGAGGAGGAGGUUUCGGACGAAGAUGAAGUGUUCUUUUACGACACCAAGGAUUCUUUCUCUGAAAAUUCUGUCGAUGAUGAAGUUGAUAGCAAGGCUGAAAAUUGUCAUUAUGACAAUGCUGAGACAAUGACUGCUAAAAUGCGGUUACAGAAUAAAUAUUCACACAUUCAAAGGCGAAAACGGCUUCCUGAUCCAGUGGAGAAGGAGAAACGAGUUAGCCUUUGGUCAAUGAUCAAAGACAAUGUGGGAAAAGAUCUGACAAGAGUAUGUCUCCCUGUUUACUUCAAUGAACCGAUAUCGUCACUGCAGAAAUGCUGUGAAGACAUGGAGUAUUCGUAUCUAUUAGAUCAGGCAUACGAGCAAGGAAAGCAGGGAAAUAGUCUACAAAGGAUUCUCAAUGUUGCAGCAUUCGCGGUUUCGGGAUAUGCUUCGUCCGAAGGCAGGCAUUGCAAACCAUUCAAUCCCCUGUUGGGGGAAACUUAUGAAGCCGAUUUUCCAGAGAAAGGGAUUCGGUUUUUCUCUGAGAAGGUUAGCCACCAUCCAACUCUGAUAGCAUGCCAUUGUGAAGGGAGAGGGUGGAAGUUUUGGGGAGAUAGCAACCUUCAGUCCAAAUUCUCAGGAAGGUCAAUUCAGCUGGACCCUCUUGGAGUUCUCACACUCGAGUUUGAUGAUGGCGAAAUCUUCCAGUGGAGCAAGGUAACAACGAAUAUUUAUAAUCUCAUCCUCGGGAAAGUAUAUUGUGAUCACCAUGGAACGAUGCACAUACGUGGUAAUAGGGACUAUUCUUGCAACCUCAAGUUCAAAGAGCAGUCUUUUCUUGACCGAAAUCCUCGUCAGGUUCAGGGGUACGUCGAAGAUGUUACCGGUGAAAAAGUAGCCACAUUGUUUGGGAAGUGGGACGACAGCAUGUAUUACGUAAAUGGCCACAAUAAUGUAAAUUCAAAGAGUUGUGAUGGCACUUUAUUGUGGAAAAGCAGCGAACCACCACAGAAUCUGACUCGAUACAACUUGACUUCAUUUGCAAUCACUUUGAAUGAGCUGACACCAGGUCUCAAGGAGUUGCUCCCUCCCACGGAUUCUAGACUUCGACCAGAUCAACGACAUCUGGAAAAUGGCCAGUAUGAUAAAGCCAAUGCAGAGAAGUUACGGUUAGAACAGAGGCAAAGAAUUUCAAGGAAGUUACAAGAAAAUGGUUGGAAGCCGAGAUGGUUUCAGAGAGAGGGUGAAGACGGAUCCUUUCGAUAUGUCGGAGGGUAUUGGGAAGCAAGGGAAGAGAGGAAAUGGGAUGAUUGUGCAGAUAUAUUUGGGGAAUUGAACGAGGAGGUUACGGAGAAUUAGAAGAAUGAUAAUCAGGAUUCAGGUUUGAUGCAACUUUGCAGAUGUAAGGGAGGUAUGAUAAAUGAAGAUCCUCGAAACCGAUCAAUGGAACGACGAGGAGUUGUGGCCGAUUGGAAUGGGAAGAAGAUUUAUGAUCUACACAAUCUCAAGGAAAGUGAUAUAGUGAUAUCUAUCUAUGGCCAUUUUUUUUUGCUUACUUUGAAGGUUUACUAUUUGGGAUUAGGUCAUAGAUAGCUUGACAAGGUGUUGUCGUAAUCUCUUCCAAAUGUAAAGGGGAGAAUAGUUGAUGUAGUAUUAUUGCUUCCUCACUUCUCAUCUGAAUCUUAAUUUUUCCCCCCAAAGCCCAAUAAACUAUUGCUUAUUCUUCUA